UCACUCCAAAACACAAUCAAAUACACCUUCUCAGUUUCUCUCACUUAAAAAAAAAAACCCCUCCACUCAAAAACACCUCUCACCAAGCAAAUGGCUUCUUCUUCUUCUUCUUCUUCUUCUUCUUUAAGAGUUUCAGCAUUGUUGCUUGUGAUGUCUAUUGUGAGUGGUUCAGCAAUGGUUGUCUCCGCUGGUAAUUUCUACCAAGACAUGGACAUCACAUGGGGCAACGGCCGAGGUCAGAUACUCGACAACGGCGGCCUUCUCACUCUUUCACUCGACAACUUCUCUGGCUCUGGCUUCCAAUCCAAGAAUCAAUACCUCUUUGGGAAAUUGGAUAUGCAACUCAAGCUCAUCCCCGGAAACUCUGCUGGCACCGUCACCACCUAUUAUUUAUCCUCACAAGGAUCAACCCAUGACGAGAUAGACAUGGAAUUCCUGGGGAAUUUGAGUGGUGAUCCUUACAUUCUCCACACCAAUGUCUUUAGUCAAGGAAAGGGAAACAGAGAGCAACAAUUCUACCUGUGGUUCGACCCAACUGCAGAUUUCCACACCUACUCCAUCCUUUGGAACCCACAAAACAUCAUAUUUUCAGUAGAUGGGAUACCCAUUAGACAGUUCAAGAAUGAGGAGUCAAAUGGUGUUCCAUACCCACAAUACCAAGCCAUGAGGGUAUACGCAAGCCUGUGGGAUGCUGAGGAUUGGGCAACAAGGGGUGGGCUUGUGAAGACUGACUGGACGAAAGCCCCGUUCACUGCUUCGUAUAAAAACUUCAGUGCAAACGCUUGCGUUUGGUCUAAUGGAGCAUCUUCUUGUGGUUCCAGUACCUCUGGGAGUAACAGUAAUUCAUGGUUAUCAGAACAGUUGGACGACGCGACCCAAGGCCAGAUGAAAUGGGUGCAGAACAACUACAUGAUUUACAAUUACUGCACUGAUACCAAGAGGUUCCCCCAAGGCUUGCCUCAGGAAUGCAGCAUGUCCUAAGUUGACAGAGAAGAUCGAUCGUACCCUCCAAACCCAAAUAGUGUUAUCUGUUUUUGCUACUGCCGUAUAGCCUUGUCUUGAGGAUAUUCUUUUUGAUACAUACACAAUUGAAUUCUUGUGUCAUUGUUGUUCUAGAGCUGGAAUCAAUAUUAAUAAUUUGUUAUUCUUUCUGUAUUAAUCAGCUUAAAUGAUAAUGUUGGAAGUUUGCGAGUGAUUAAUAAGACUUUGUUAUGUGUUUCCGAGUUUA